AUGUCUACCACCGAUCACCCGGAGUCCGGGGUGCCCGACUCCAGCGACCAUCACGAGUCGGGGGCCACCACGACUUCUCCGCAGAAGAGCUCCCAGCCCCAAUCCUCCUCGACAGAGUCCCCCUCUGCCCUGGCCAACCCAGACCCGAUCGCUGAUGCACCGACAUCGACGGCAUCGGCGGGCCUUCAACAGUCUCCGUCUGGCGAAGACGCGGCCACUGCGCCCCAGCACCCCGCAACCGGUGGCGAAAGCGUCGCCCCUAUGACAGCAACGACUAGCACCACCACGACCCCAGCCAACGACACCGCCAACGCCGUCGCACAGCCUCAAAAUCUAGGCACGCCAUCAAUGGGGAUUCAGGAGUCCAAGUCUGGUGCUGAUCUUUCCUCGGACCAGUCGGAGGAUAUCUCAGGGAAGGAGGUUGAGGAUGCGGGUCCAUCGCUGGCCAUCACGUUGCUGCUGACGACGGGAUCGCGGCACCCGUUCACGAUCGAUGGGAAGUAUCUGCGCAAGCAGUCAGUCAAUGUUGAGAAUGAUGAUCCCUUCGCGAUGAGCGUUUAUACGCUGAAGGAAUUGAUUUGGCGGGAGUGGCGAUCGGAUUGGGAAACCCGUCCUUCGUCGCCGAGCUCCAUCCGUCUGAUCUCAUUUGGAAAGUUGUUAGAUGACAAGUCCCCUCUGUCUGGUAAUCAUAUGCUGAAUCCACCCUCCACAGACUCGAAAUUCAGCGCAGACCACCCGAAUGUCGUACAUAUGACCGUCAAACCGCAAGAAGUGGUUGACGAAGAAGAUGCCAAGGGUGCAAAGGCGCACUUGAACCGUGACCGUGACCCGAGUGAACGCAGCCCCGGCUGUCGCUGCGUUAUCCUAUAA